AUGGCAGAACCGGGAGAAAAAGACGCAGAACUAUCAACAGGUGGACCAGACACAUUCAGUAAAGAAGCUAUGGCAAUUAUGAGUUUACUCGGUGAAUGUGGAGUCGAGGAGUUUGACCCACGCGUUGUUUCAAUGCUAAUGGAUGUUCAAUACGCAGUCACAUCGAAGAUUCUUCAAGUUUCCAGUGGACUCUCAAGACACGCCGAUAAACAGAAAAUCGAUUCAGAAGACGUGCAAACGGCAGCCGAUAUGCUCGGCGUUCUCUCAUCGAACGCUCCCGACAGAGAAAAAAUUCUACAAAUGGCCAACGACAAAAAUCAGCAACCACUUCCGCAAAUACGACACAACUAUGGAUUGAAACUACCGAACGAUCGAUUCUGUCAACUACAACAAAACUUUGUAUACAAAGCAGACGAUAAUAGUCAGCAAAUGGAAACGCAGCAAGUUGCUCACACCCCACGCAUCAUCGAGCCACCACAGUCAUCAGUCUUGAGGCCCGAGCAAGUCCAGAAUAUGCUCAAGCGAAGAGCUCCUGAUGAUGAUUUCGAUUCAUGA